GUCUGUUUGUAGCAGUACUUGUGGUGUAGGUUGUGAUAUGUGAGAAAUCAGCUGUUGUACAACAUGAAGAGAUCAACAAUAGGAGUAAUCAAGCAGUACGCUGCCGGAACAUCAGGGGCGCUAUCAGUGUUUAUAGCAGGUUGCUGCCUGGGCUGGCCCUCCCCUGCUGUCCGCAAGUUCCUUGACCAUGAAGCCAACUUCAACAUCACCCAAAGCCAAGUCUCGUGGAUCGUCGCUCUCAUGGACUUCGGCAACAUCCUCAGUCCCAUCCCCUCCGGCUACAUGGCAGACAGCUUGGGUCGCAAGUACACCCUGCUCAUGACUGCGUUCCUCUACAUGGCGACAUGGCUGCUGACAAUCUUCGGCAACUCCGCUUACUACCUGUUUGCCGCUCGAGUGGGCGCCGGUCUCGGCAAAGGAGUAGCAUUCACCGUUGUGCCAAUGUACCUAGGGGAGAUAGCAGGAGUGCAAGUUCGUGGUGCUAUAAGUACGAUAUUUACAGGACUCCUCUAUUCAGGUAUUCUCUUUGAGUACUGCAUCGGACCGUUUCUCUCGUACAACAUGUUGAACAUAGUGUCAGCGGUGGUACCGAUUGUGUUCUUCCUUACAUUCUUCAUGCUCCCCGACUCACCUUACUUUUUGCUGAUGAAAGAGCGUCACAAGGAAGCACGAAGAUCGCUCGCUUGGUUCAGAAACUGUGACACGACCGAUGAAUUUUUAGCAAAAGAGCUGGACGAUAUGUCAAAAAUGGUGCAGAAGGAGAUGACGGAGAAAGGAAGAUGGUCGGAUUUGGUGAGUUCACCGGGUGCUAGGAAAGCUGUAACGAUCGUUUUGUUUUUGUCUGCUUUUCAAAGAUUUGGUGGCAUAUCCCCACUGCUUGCGUAUACUGCUGUGACCCUCCCCAAGACUGGAGGAAUCAUCAACAGAGAGUACUACAUGAUCAUCUUCGGCUUCACGAUGGUCGUGGGUAACUUCAUCGGCACUCCUCUGAUGGACCGCGCAGGACGGAAGCUGCUGCUCAUCAUCUCAUGUUCCUUGUGUGCUGUCCUCACGGGUGUAUCGGCCGUCUUCUAUUGGUACGCAGCGCCUGACAACGACAUACCCGACUACAACUGGGUGCCCUACCUCUGCUUCGUCACCUACGGGAUAGCUUACGGUAUUGGCAUUGGCGUCAUUCCUUCCACCUUCGUCGGUGAACUGUUCCCCACAAACAUUAAAAGCUACGCCUCAUCGGUGGCAGCUAUAUCUUUUGCAGUUGCUUCGUUUGCGAUCAACAAGUUUUACCUUCUAGUCAAGACAGAUUUCGGUGUCCACUACAUGUAUAUAUUUUUCACAGUUUGUAGUAUUUCCUCCGUUAUUUUUACAGUAGUCUUUGUAUUUGAAACUAAAGGCAAGUCAUUCGCUGAGAUCCAGGAUAAGCUGAAUAAGAGAAAACCUUUGCCGGAACCUCUGAUGAUGAAGUAGUCAAGGAUUGUAAAAUGCCAUUUAAGUGCCAAGUAGACUUACAAUAGUUUGUAUAUUUUACUGAAGACUGCAAUUAUUGAAUUGUUUGAUUACUAUGUAUAUAUGUUCUAACUCCUAUAUUUUUACAUUUAAGUAUUUUAUAGUAUUUCAGGGAUUUUUUGUAUUGUUAAUAGAAAUCAUAAAAAUUAAAAGUUUUAUUAACAUUUAGAUUAAGAUUUUAUAUAUUAAACAAUAAAAUUGUAGUUGUAUAUGACACUAACUCUUUGAAUUUUAAAAACUGAAAUAAAAUCUACAUAAUUUAAAGUAAAUUUAUACAGGUAUGACAGGUUUAAUUCAAUGUUAAGAUACUUACGUAACCGUUAUUUAAAGGUUGCUAUUUAAAGACUGGUAUUAAUAG